UGCAUCACAAAUUAGUCUUCACCACCUGUCAAGAAAGCCAUAUAACCACAGCGUAUGCUUUAAGUGGAUCUGGUCUAAUAGAGGGUUCUGCACGGUCUACUACACUAUCAACAAGACUUGGAGGAUUAGUGCGGUAGUGCGUGCGUUCAGACCAGCCGAAAGGUACUGGUGACCUCUGACCUGUGUUCUCUGUGGGGGACGACUGAGACGCUCUGGCCAUGGUUUUGGACAAGCUGCUGGGCUUUGGGAAGCAGCUGCUGAGGGUUAAGGUGGUGGACUGCAGCACGGAGGACUCGCGUCUCUCGCGAUGCCUCAACACCUUCGACCUGGUGGCGUUGGGCGUGGGCAGCACUCUGGGCGCGGGCGUCUACGUCCUGGCGGGGGCGGUGGCCCGGGACAAUGCCGGACCGGCCAUCGUCCUCUCCUUCCUCAUAGCCGCCCUGGCUUCGGUCCUGGCCGGACUCUGCUACGCUGAGUUUGGUGCCCGAGUCCCAAAGACAGGCUCCGCCUACCUGUACAGCUACGUGACUGUGGGAGAGCUCUGGGCAUUUGUGACUGGCUGGAACCUCAUUCUCUCCUAUAUUAUUGGGACGUCGAGCGUAGCCAGAGCGUGGAGCGCCACGUUUGACGAGCUGAUUGGGAAACAUAUUGAACAUUUCUGUCGUCAGUAUAUGAGUAUGAAAGCUCCAGGAAUACUGGCCGAGUAUCCAGACAUGUUCGCUGUUGUCAUCAUUCUCACUCUGACAGGCUUGCUGGCCUUUGGGGUGAAGGAGUCGGCCAUGGUCAAUAAGGUCUUCACCUGCAUCAACAUUCUAGUCUUGCUUUUCAUGGUCGUCUCAGGUCUAGUCAAAGGUACGCUCAAGAACUGGCACCUAGACCCAGAUGCCAUACUCAGUGGAACCAACUCCUCCACCUCCAACGUGACGGAGCCGUUGCCGUCGGUGGAAAGCCUCGGGGUGGGCGGCUUUAUGCCGUUUGGCUUCACCGGGGUCCUCUCUGGGGCAGCAACCUGUUUUUACGCCUUUGUGGGAUUUGACUGUAUCGCCACCACAGGUGAGGAGGUGAAGAAUCCUCAGAGAGCCAUUCCCAUAGGCAUCGUGUCCUCCCUCCUCAUCUGUUUCGUGGCUUACUUCGGGGUGUCUGCCGCCCUCACUAUGAUGAUGCCGUAUUACAUGCUGGAUAAGAACAGUCCCCUUCCCGUGGCCUUUAAGUACGUAGGCUGGGAAGGAGCCACUUACGCCGUAGCGGUGGGCUCUCUCUGUGCCCUCUCCACCAGCUUGCUUGGUGCCAUGUUCCCAAUGCCCAGGGUCAUCUGGGCUAUGGCAUGCGACGGCCUGCUCUUCAAAUACAUGGCUGAAGUGAGUCCUAGAACCAAAACUCCCUUAGCCGCUACGCUAACAUCAGGCGUGGUUGCAGCCAUAAUGGCCUUCCUGUUUGACCUGAAGGACUUGGUAGACCUCAUGUCUAUUGGUACGUUGUUGGCCUAUACCCUCGUCGCUGCCUGUGUCCUUGUCCUCAGAUACCAGCCAGAGCACUCAAGUCCGGCCUACCAGAUGACCAGCACGCAGGAAGAGGUGGAGCUGAGUGAGACGAUCAGCGUACCCAGUAUGGGAAUCCUUCCUGGAGUGGAGGAGCGAUUCAGCUUCAAAAAUCUGCUCUUCCCUGAGAUCUCAGAGCCCACCAACCAGUCUGGCUUCUCCGUCAACAUCUGCGCCAGUGUGCUCGGUAUGUUAAUUCUGACCUUCAGCAUUCUGGCUGUCCAGGGCGGAACAGCGGCCUGGAACAUAGCAGCCCUCAGCGUAUUGGUUAUGGUCUCCCUGGUUCUCACUUUGAUCAUAUGGAGACAACCAGAAAGUAAAACCAAGCUCUCUUUUAAGGUUCCCUUACUGCCUUUCAUCCCUGUUGUCAGCAUGUUUGUGAAUAUGUAUUUAAUGAUGCAGCUGGAUAGAGGCACCUGGAUCAGAUUUGCUGUCUGGAUGUUUAUAGGCCUGGUAAUCUACUUUGGCUACGGGAUUCGGCACAGCGCGGAGGCCACGCAGGCACGCUCCAGUCCCGACGAGGAGCUCAACGGGUACAAACCCACUUGCGCUUUGAACGGGAGCGCCAUGUCCCCUGAAAAAGAGGCCUUCCUCAGUAACGGACUAGACGCCGGGGGUGAUGAAGACGACCUCUAAGAGUGUUGUGCUUGAGUUUAAAAGUAAAAGACAGCGAAUGUUUGAAUGGCACACCCAACAACAACAACAACAACAACAAAAAAAGGAAAAUCAGUCAAAAACAGUGCCGGGGGUGAUGUUGCCUCCUUAUUACACGAGAGUGUGGAGAAUAUUUUAGGUUGGAGAACAAAUGCUGGAAGCCACUGAUUAGUUUUGACGUUUCAGGAUUCUGACAGUUUGGGUCUUUGUGUAUGCAAGAACCUCAUUUCUUUGAGAAACAAAAGAAAACACACACACACAUACUCAAAAGACUGUUGAACAAAGGUCAGAGGAGAGGCAUUUUACAGGAGCCUUGAUGAGCUGUUAAAAUCUACUUUAGGCAGAGGUGCUCUCACUCAUAAAUGAACGAUGGCUGCUUUAAAUUUUGAAAUGCACUUUUGUAAGUGUCUUGAUAAACUCACUGAAAGCUUCAUUUGGAGAGGCGGGAAAUGGAACAAAAAGGUCAUGUGCCUUUAUGACAAACCGUGCUGAUUCACGCUAACGCAGGACUUAGUCAUGCUAAUGCACAAUGCUAAUUUGUAAGGCUGAUCACCAUUAGAUGGUUACAUUUUUAAUGUUAUCUUAACAGUUGAAAGCCUUGUUGAAAAAAAAAAGUCUUGUGUACGUAGAAUGACUGUGCGUCAAAAAAUCACUGACUUCUGUUACCAAGACCCAUGCUGCUAGUCAACUCAGUGUUAAAACCCCACACCAUCGUACGUUAAUAUGUACCGUUCUUGUUAUUAGAUGUUAAUCACCCACUAUUAGGGUUGAUAAAAGCAGGGAUAUUGCCUAAAUGCUUGUGAGUUUAUGCUGACGUAUAUUGUUUUUUUGGGGGUUUUUUUUCAUAACCUACUAAUGCAUUCUCAUUACAUACGAUAAUGAGCUCAUAGAUCAGGUAGGCUGUAGAGGCCCUUGGUUGCUACUGACACCUGGUGGUGUGGUGGAGAAUGCCUCCAGCACGGAUGGAUAGGAGUUAGAACGAGCUGGAAAAAAAAAAAAAAAAAGGUUAAAAAGCUGUCACAGUGCUGGCUACUGUGUCCCUGUGCAGAUGAUGUCUGCCAGUGUAGCAGAAAUUGAUUUUGUUCAUUUCUUGUUUUCUGAAAGGAAUAUUUCAUAAAUCUUUUAAGGGCAGUCUGAGGAGUCCAAUUGUAUCAAGGCUGAUAAUUGCUAUGGAAACCAUCUGUAGAGUUUUAGAGGUUUAGACAAAAAAACAUCUUACCCUGGAGGUAAACAAUAUCCCUCAAUGUUUUCAGGUUACAGUUUUGAUAAAAAGGUGUGGUUAUUGUAGGGCCUGUCUAGUUUAAUCUCAACCCACCAUGUUGCAGCGAUUCCCUUGCCUGCUUUUACAGAAAUGACAAGCUGUUUAGACAUGGAUUAAAUGACUGUCUUUUUUUUUUCGGAAAGAAAGUAGCUUUUCGUUAAUUAAUUUUGCAGUAUACACAUUCAGCUUACUUGUGGUGAAAUAUUUGUUUGCAAACAUUGCUUUUCUUAAUGUUUCUAAGCAAAAUUUGUAACAGGUGUGGAUGUGUGCAUACUUUUGGAGGAUGGGUUUAAUUGAUCUUUAUGGGAUGGGCGUUGAAGAGUCAUUGUUUUAUUUAGUCUUCGUACUUGAACCCGCUGACAAACAUUUGUGUUAAUAAAUAGACAACUUCUGUCGUCUAGCAAAUGAAACAUGCUACAAACAAUGAUAUAGGCCUAACUGUACUUGUACUCAGACUAACACUAUUUAAUCACGGUGUUAUAAUGAAAACACUGUACAUUUUACGUUGUUUACUGGCCUAAAUUCAGUUGACGGCUUAUGGAAAUUAGGACAAUUUUCAUUUUUCAGAGCGUUUGAGUGAAAUUAAGUUUGACCAGUCUGAAAUUUGUGCUUCGGUGUCCUCUAAUACAUGUCUUUUUAGUUGAGGGACACCAGCCAUAUAUCUUGUGACUUCGUUUUUUUUGUAAUGUGACAUGUUUUCUACGGCCGAGGUGAAAAGCAGAGUGAUUGUUAAUAUUCUGUCAGCGGGGUAUUAUUACAUGCUGGUAUUUUUUAUAUAGAGAGAGAAUGUUUAUGGCUUACAGAGUAGUCUACAGUUAUUUUUGAAUGAUAUUGCUUUUAUGUUAGAAUACUUUACAUUCUUUGCUUAAUUUCAUCACCACAGCCAUAAUUAUCAAAAACUGUUAUCAAAAAGUGACACGCGGUCAUAUUUAACUCAAAUAACUUCACGAAGUCUGUAGAAUCGCAUUGACUACCUGCUCAUGGCUUUUCCGUAACUGGCAACAGUCAAAAUGUGAUUGUAAUUUAAAAUGUCAAAGCUAAGCACUCUCAGUUCGUUGCUCUCGAUUUGCCACUAAUUUUGAGUUGAAUUCGGGUCGAAGUCUCUUUUGAGCAUCAUGACUUAUUUGUUAUCGCUUAUGCGGACAUCGCUUAUGCGCGAAAACAGAAAUUGGGGGGGACGUGGACGUGGCCGUGUUUUCAUUGCACCAACUGUUUAGUGCAUAUACUUACUCCGCUAAAGUGGCUUUUCCUUUUUGUUUAACCUGUAAACUUCAUUUGAAUUUAAAGGUUUAACCGAUUUCAUUGAAAAGCAACGUGCAUUCGUUGUAAUCAUACUUCCCCUAUAAAGAAUGUACCGUUACGUACGAGUGUGUCCGAUUCUGUGCAUUGUCACUGAAGUUAAGACACUGUCUCAUUUUUUUAGUGUUUGUAGAUUUUUCGUUGUUUGUUGUGUUUUGUUUUGUUUUUUCAUGGGUGUUACUGUGUUUGUCUCUAAAUUUGGACCAUUUCCUGUGCUCCUAUGUAACGUUUCAUGUACAUGAUGACUUUUUCUUCGAAUAGUGUAAUCCCUGUUUCCUAUCUUACGAAACUGUUUAAUUCGCUGCUGUAAAUAAAAAUGCUUUUUGUGA